AUGAUUCUACCUACGGUGACGAAUUGUCAGUCAGAACUUUCUCCAGUCAAGGGCUUAGAGGCCAGGGUCAAGCUACAGACAGAACAGCCGAUUUCUCCUCCCACAGAGUUCAAUCAGAGCACUAAUAGAGAUGGCAUACACAGAUCAACCUACACUGCCUCCUUGACAUCUUCUGCCCUUAACUACCGACACGAAAAUGGCAGACGGUAUCAUGCUUAUCGGGAUGGGAGUUACCUCUUGCCCAACGACGAGACCGAAGCCGAUCGUCUUGACAUGAUACAUGAGAUGAUGCUCGCCAUAAUGGACAGGAAGCUGUUUCUUGCUCCCAUAAAAUCACCACAGCGGGUUAUCGAUCUCGGGACAGGUACGGGAAUAUGGGCGAUUGACUUUGCCGAUCAAUAUCCCUCUGCCGAGGCAUGUAUAAUAUACCACUGUAUAUCACAUACCGAACUAAUUCAAGAUAGGGUCCCACCUAAUGUGAAGUUCAUUGUCGAUGACAUCGAAGCCGAGUGGGGUUACAAUAACCCUUUUGACUUCAUCCAUGCACGGUAUCUUGCAGUUUCAAUCAAAGAUUACGCCAAAUUAAUAAAGCAGUGCUAUCGCUACGCAAAACCAGGAGGCUGGGUCGAGUUCCAAGACGUGGAUCAGUAUCCUACCUCAGAGGAUGGAAGCCUAAAGGGUACUGCCUUUGAGCAGUACUUUAAUGAGGUAAUAGGUGCAUUCAACAAGAAUGGCUACGUUGGCAGCCCAGGACCACACCUAGAACAGUGGUUCCGAGAGGCAGGCUUUGUGGAUAUCCAUGUUCAAAAGUAUCGCGUUCCAAUGGGCACCUGGCCAAAAGAUCCAUAUUAUGUUCGUAUUUUCCCACCCCCUUCCUUAAUUCUUUUCUCUCUGUCCUCUCAUACACAUGAAGCUAAUACUCAUAUAAAUAUCUACUUACAGAAAAAAAUUGGAACCUGGAUGAUGCUGCAAGGGGAGCAAGGCUACGAGGCCGGAGCUAUGGCAGUCCUGACCCGAAAUGAAUCCUGGUCUAGAGAAAAAGUCCUUGAGUUAGUGGACAAGACGAAGAGUGAUGCUCUUACGUCGUCUAUGGGCGAAAGCCGGAGUGAGAGAUAUAUCGAUAUGCCCCACGCUGAGGACAUUGCGAGAAAGAAGUCCAUGCUGGACAUUAAAGCAAUCCGGCUGACUAUUCGAAACAACGAGGAGGACAGAACCAUAUCAAACACCUAG